CAAGCCCAAGCCUAAUAAAUCGCAAAGAGAUUCUCCUUGUGCGCACACGGUAACUUUUACUUUUGUCUUUGUGAAGAUGUCGACCACGUGGAGAAUAAAAAUUUUGUAGAUGACGAUAAUAAUUUUCGAGAGGAGUUGCUUGCUUAUUCAAAAGUGAGGUGCGUUGUGGUAUGUGGUCCCCGAUACUAAGUAUACAACUUUGACAGAGCAAGAAUUGUACACCAUGCCGGAAACUCUUGUACCGAAGCAGCCCGCUCUUGCCUCGCAUGGUGUUACGGCGGUAGGAGUGGUCCGAGGACAACAUCAAGCGGAUCAUGAUGUUUCGUCAUCUUCUACUACUGCAAAGGCCAAAUCCGCUACCACUUCAUCAAAACAAGACCCUCACCUCUUCCCCACCGUGGACGAGUUGCAGGAGCUGACCCCGCGAUCCAAAGUGAAAGCCCUGAUCACCGACAUCCGGGGGAAAGCGAACAGCAUUAAGAAGGCGUUGGACCGGGCCAAACACGCCGCGAAAAACGUGGAGGCGGCGGAGGCGCUGGCGAGAAGACGAGGAGAGGAAUUCUCUCGCGAGGGGGACGAGCAGAACCACCCAGGGGCAAGAGCCCGAGAAGCCACGUCCUCGCGCGGAGGUGUCAAAAGCCAACUUGGCGAUUAUGUCUCUGACUCGUCGUCGUCAACAGCCACAGCCGCGUCAGCGAGAACAAAGGAAACAGGACUAGCGCCGCGCCCUUCUGUGUCAGACAAAAACAACAAGGACCCCACGACCGCCUUCCUGGACUUUGAGAACGAUCCGAGUUUCAAAAAGGAGCUGUUGCAGCAGUUUCUACAAAAGCUCUCAGCUUCGUGGCUGCGGGAGCUGCGGCCGGUAUUUUUGAAGUUGGAAGAUCUGGAGAAGAAACUGUCCAGGUGCGAAGAUUUGUUUUUCCGCGCCAAACACGCGAUAUUGGAAAAGGAACUGAGGAAACUGCUGGUGGUGCACAAGUGACGACGGCGGUGACGAGGGAUACUCAAAACUUCCACAAAGGUAUUGGAUUUUUUUCGGCGAGACAGCCAAUGUGAAAGAAUGUGAAGAAUUUCGAAAGAAUGUAGUACAAAAUCAAAAGGAAAAGCAACUCUAUAAGUGGUUCAGUAUUAUUACCACGAGCAUCAAUCGGUAAAAACGCAAAGAGGAACACGGAAAUAAAGGGUAAGAGGCGAAGGAGAUUAGGCAUUCAAGAACCGGGAGCGCGCGUUGCAUUGAGGAGCUGCAGCCAGCCUUCUCAUUUCAGCAGAACAAGUAGCACAUACUUACAUUAGAAUCGAGAUCAUGAUGAAGUGAGAAAAUGAAAAUGUCGAUCAGGACGAGUUCAGCAUCUGCAUCACGAAAAAUCAAGAUCAACUAAAUACAGCAUGCAAAGGGAAGCCAGACCAUUUCUAAAAAAAUGUGUAGUGAAGAAAACAAUUGGA